AUGGCUGAGGUGGAUAACGGUGGCGCACAGAAGAGCAGCGCUUCGAGGAAGAAGCGGUACCAGGAGCUGGAUCCUGAGACGCGUAUGAAGCGUGUGGCACAGAACAGGGCUGCGCAGAAGGCGUUCAGGGAGCGUAAGGAGCGCAAGAUGAAGGAACUGGAGCGGAAAGUGGUGGACUUGGAGAACUUGACAAAGCUGAAUGAGGUGGAGACCAACUUCCUCAGGGACCAGCUGAGUAUCCUGGUGAAAGAGUUGCGGAAGUACAGACCAGAGACGAAACAGGACCAUAAGGUAUUGAAGUACUUGGAGAAGCACAAGGGUGGGGCUGCUGGUGCUGGGAACGGUGCCGCCACCGGCUCGGUUUCCACAUCGACAAGACACACAGAUCUCGCGGCGUCAAAUGCUAACAGAGUAUCAAAGGAUUCUAGCAUCUUACCUGGUGCGAAGAUUAUACGGCAAGAUCUUGAGAGUUUCAAUGAAAAUAGGCAUUUCAACGUCACAGGUCAGUUGACGCCACCUGGUAACACGUCCUCAUCAACAACAGCAAACUCGGUUGCCGCUAAUGCAAAGAAACAGUCUAUUCCACAUUCUGACUCCUCAGAUUCUAAUGAAUCCAAAAACACUUGGAACACAGACCCAACCUCAUCAGAAGACUGGCUAGACGACGUCAUGACCUCUCACAAGCAGAUAUCGAGGGGCCAAUCGGGCUCGGGCAUAGAUUUCAAUAACUUCUUCGAUGAGCAGGUUUCAGAGUUUUGUACUAAACUGAACCAGGCGUGUGGUACUAAAGCAUGCCCCAUCCCACAGAGUAAAUCGGCUGCCACGACUCCUCUACCUGGCACAAGCAGUAACGGCAACAGCAACUCACCAAUGAUUAUAAAUGAUACAAUGGGAGAUGUUAGUUUAAACAUGCAAGGCAAUGAGCAUGGGAAUGCUACUAAUAACCUCGUCACUGAUCCAGCUUUCUUGUCAAAUACAUGGGAUGACAUGUCUCCCGCCUCAAAUCAACACUCCACUGGUGGUGCUCCAGGUUUUGGACAAUUGGGAUUCGGUGAUAACUUGUUAGGUAACGACAUAUUAUUCUCUCCCAAUUCUCCUGCCUAUUCGCCUUCAGUGUUAGGUUCCGGGAGAACACAAGAGGUUUACAGGUCGCCAGCUGUACAAAAGGUAGUAGAAAAGGAAAAUGAAAGUAAAUCAGUAAAUUUCCCAUUCAUCAACUCAUCUUUGGCAUUCCCAGGUGACUAUGAUAACAACUUUUUCAGGGAAACAACUGAUCUAAACUUUGAUGACAACGAUCAAGACGAUAACUUCACCAAUAGUAAUGAUUUAGUAAACGACUACUUUACAACAAAUAUACCAGAUACAGACAACUCUGACUCAGCACUAAUAGCAAAUGGAUUGGUUAAAGAGGAGCCAUCAAUGCAAACAGAAGAUACAUUCAAAGUACAAAACACAAAUGAUAUGCUCAAUAGUUCGAGGAUGAAAGAAACAAUUGACAAUCAAAAUAUUGGUGAGAAAACGACUAAAGAUGACAACGAAGAUGAUGACGAAGAUGAUGAAAAUGACAAUACUGUCGUUCCAUCACGGGAUGAUGGUCUCUUAAGAUGUUCAGAAAUCUGGGACAGAAUAACGGCACAUCCAAAAUACUCUGAUAUAGAUAUUGAUGGGUUAUGCUCUGAAUUAAUGGCAAAAGCUAAAUGUUCGGAAAGGGGUGUCGUGAUCAACGCCGAUGAUGUACAGGUUGCUUUAAAUAAGCACAUGUCUUAA